AUGCUGCUCUGGUUCUUCCUCUCGCUCCUCAUGGUGGUCUCCACCUUAGCUGCUCCUAAAAAUCCUAUCAAGAGAUCUUCUGUACUCGACAAGAUGAUACUGGAUGGAUUCAGCGAUGAGCAAAAGACACAGGUUGAAGAUGCCUUCCGCGACAUGAUGACAUUGGCGAAUGCGGUGAUAGAAGGAGCUAGGGAGACUGAAACAACCAAAAAAGCUGCUUUCAAAUCUAUCUAUUUGAAAUACUUUCCUGAAUCAGAAUAUGAAGUAGUCAUAACCAUCUUUAACAAGAUCACUGGUGGUGCAGAAACUCAAUAUACUGGAAAUACUAUAUUGGAAAAUGUCGAAAUCAACUCCGAGUCAGCUUCUAAUUACGGUUUUAUCUGCAAAGAUGCAAAGCCGCCGGAAGGAUCUAUGGCUACUUUAGAAGCAUUCAUGGCUGAUUUCUUGGACGGCUCUGGUUCUCAGAUUGUGAUCUGCUCAGGGGCUUUCAGAUUUGGCGGUAUUGGUAAAGGCUAUAAUAAGGAUACGAAAGCUGUCACAUGCGAUGAGUUCAAAGACUACCAUGUUCCAUUCCACGGCGAAAAGAAGCAGCUCUUGAAUCAAGUCUUUGGUAAUGUAAAGCCAGGCAGCUUGGUCGCCUUGAUGGGAGCAUCUGGAGCUGGAAAAACAACUCUCUUGGACGUUCUGGCUCAACGAAAAGAUUCAGGAGAAAUCCAUGGAUCAAUUCUCAUCGACGGUAAGCCUCAGGGAGUGAGCUUCCAGCGAACCACCGGUUACUGCGAGCAGCAAGAUGUUCACGAGAGUACCGCCACGGUACAAGAGGCACUCAUCUUCUCUGCAGUUCUCCGUCAACCGUCCACAGUCCCAUAUGAAGAAAAGAUUGCCUACGUUGAUCACAUCAUCGAUCUACUAGAGCUCACCAACAUAAAGGAUGCUCUUAUCGGAAAUCCUGGAGCCGGUCUUAGCAUUGAGCAGCGAAAGCGUGUCACCCUCGGCGUUGAGCUCGUCGCCAAACCAACUUUACUGUUCUUGGACGAGCCUACGUCUGGACUUGAUGGUCAAAGUGCCUUCAAUAUUGUGCGCUUUUUGCGAAAACUGGUCGAUGGUGGACAAGCUGUUUUGUGUACAAUUCAUCAACCCUCUGCAGUCCUUUUCGACGCCUUUGAUGGUCUGCUUCUUCUUGCUAAGGGGGGAAGAAUGACAUACUUUGGAGAAACUGGAAAAGAGUCCACUAAGAUUCUGGACUACUUCUCUCGAAAUGGUACCCCCUGUCCGGCAGAUGCAAACCCAGCCGAACAUAUCAUUGAUGUCAUUCAAGGAAGUACUGGUAACACAGAUUGGGUUGAUGUUUGGAGCAAGUCUGAAGAGCGAAAACUCGCACUAACGGAGCUUCAGGCUCUAGAUGAAGCCGGCAGAGCUGACCAGAGCUAUGUCGUGGAUACCUCAGACUUUGCAACUUCACACUGGUUUCAAUUCAAGAUGGUUACAAAACGCCUCUCGGUCCAAAUCUGGCGAUAA